GAUGUCACUAUUACUGUUUUAGCAUCCUCUUCUACUCUUUAUUUAGAACCUUACCAUGGAAAAAAAUGUAUAAGAAUCAGCUUCAAGAGCUUGCACAGAGAAGCUGUUUCAAUUUACCAUCAUAUACUUGCAUAAGAGAAGGACCAGAUCAUGCUCCAAGAUUCAAAGCUUCUGUUAACUUCAAUGGUGAGAUAUUUGAAAGUCCCACUUACUGUUCCACUCUCAGACAAGCUGAGCAUGCAGCUGCAGAAGUUUCUCUUAAUGUCCUUUCCUCUAGAGUCCCUUCAAAAUCCUUAACUGCUAAGAUUCUUGAUGAGACAGGGAUUUACAAGAACCUGCUUCAAGAGACAGCACACAGAGCUGGUCUUGAUCUACCAAUGUACACAAGUGUGAGAUCAGGAUCUUGUCACUUCCCAGGUUUCUCUUGUACUGUGGAACUUGCUGGGAUGAGUUUUACAGGAGAAUCAGCAAAGACAAAGAAACAAGCUGAGAAAAACGCAGCCAUUGCAGCUUGGUCCUCUUUGAAGAGAAUGUCAAGCUUGGAUUCUCAAGAUGAAGAGAAGGAACAAGAAGCAGUAGCAAGAGUACUCUCAAGAUUUAAACCCAAAGAACAAUACAAAGACAGAUCAUCACAAGAAGCUAAGACAGAGACAGCGACAGAGAUGAUCAACAGCAAAGCCAAAGUCAAUGAAACAUCAAACAGAUUGAGUAAGCAAAUGCCCUUUUCCGACAAGAACAGAUACAACUUCGUCGGAGGAUGUAGCGUAAACCCUUUUAGUCUGGCUCCAGCAGUUCAAAUGAGAUCAGUGAUUCCAGUUUUCGCAGCUCCACCAUCGAAACCAAACCCUAACCCUAACCCUAACCCAUCAUCAUUAUCAUCGUCAGUCAAUGAAUCCACCACAUCCAUAAACUCAUGUUCUGUUCUGAAUACGCCGGGAUUGGGAGGCCAAGAGAAGAAGAGUCAAAGCUGUGAAAUAAUCAAACUUGGUUUAGAAUCGAGAAUUUUGAAUCAAACCCAUGAUUAGUUAGCUAAAUUUGGUUAAAGGGUUAAUCCCAAAUUAAAUCCUUGUCAAGUGUUGUCACAUAGAUAAAGUAUAGACCAGUAU